GGGAGGGAGAAGGGAGGGAGCAGGUCCAAGCCCAGCUUGCACACCCAGCCAGCACUCAGCAGCGCCUGUGCCAAGAGCCAGCUUUCUUAAAGCCAUGGGCCCGGGGGCCGGCUUUGCAGGCGGAGGGAAGCCCUGGGAGCAGGGGCUGGGAAGCACAGAGGGGAUCCCUGAGCCUCCGGGGUCACCAUGGACAUAAUUUACCUGCGCACACCCCUGGCCUUCCUUCUUCUCCCUUUUGUUGUGCUCGGGGCACCCACUGAUGAACCCAACCUCACAGAACCAGCCCCUGGUGCUUGCAAGCGCUGUUGUGACCCCCUGGACUCUUCCCCUGAUGCCCCACCGCUCCCUCCCAGCCACCACCACUUGCCCUACCCAAUGCCAGAGGUCCGUCCCUACAUCAACAUCACUAUACUGAAGGGCGAGAAAGGAGACCGGGGAGAGCCUGGGAUGCCAGGGAAAUGGGGCAAAGAAGGACCACGAGGUGAGCGUGGUGCUCAGGGCCAGAAAGGCAGUAAAGGACAGAUGGGCACCGCGGGAGACCCCUGCAAGCAUCAGUAUGCUGCAUUCUCUGUUGGUCGCAAGAAAGCACUGCACAGCAGCGAGGGAUUCCAGGUCUUGAUCUUCGACACUGUCUUCGUCAACCUCUACAGCCACUUCGACAUGUUCAAUGGCAAAUUCUAUUGCUACGUAAGUGGACUUUACUAUUUCAGCCUCAACGUCCAUACCUGGAACUUCAAGGAGACCUACAUGCACAUCAUGCACAACGAAGAAGAGGCAGUCAUCUUGUACGCCCAACCCAGUGACCGCAGCAUCAUGCAGAGCCAGAGCCUCAUGCUGGAGCUUCAGGAAAAUGAUGAGAUCUGGGUGAGGCUCUACAAGCGGGAGCGGGAGAAUGCCAUUUACAGCGAUGAUGUUGAUGUGUAUAUCACCUUCAAUGGGUACUUGGUCAAGCCCAGCCUUGAAUAA